AUGUAUACCAUUACCUUCAUCAGGAGCAUCCUGAGAACCCUUUUCGCAGGCUUGUUGAUCUCUGUGUCGGGUGCAAAAAUCAAUCAAAAGCGCACACCAACGACACACCCAAAGUACACUCCACUAUGCCGUCCUGCCGGGGGGCAACCAUCUUUGGAAGGAAGUAAAAUCGAGAAUUUCAAUGCCAACAUCGCGAAAAUCAACAACCAAACCCUCUCACUUGAAAUUCCACCAAAAUCGUGCGAAGAUAUUCUGUGUACUGUAGAUUCAAAUAUCCAGCUUUGCAAUGAAAAAGAAGACAUGAAAACCGUUGAUAAGGCUGUUCUUCUUGAUAUGUUGGACAGUAUCAGGGCUUACUGUGUGGAUCCGAGAUUUUACGGGCAAGUUUCUGAUGGCAACGGCAUCAAUGUUGUCCACAGCACGAAUUGCAAUUUGACACCAGCUUCACCACGAAGUAUUGCGCUGGAAUUUGAAGACCGUUAA